AUGUCUUUCGCUCUUAGGAGAGUAUUUCCGCAGGUGUUGAGAUCCUUCUGCUGUAAAGUUCCGAAUUCGCCCGUCCCUGGUAUAGACACGUCUAGGUUACCAAAGGAGACCAAAAUCGGAAAAGAGCUGAUAGAACAUCUCGAGAGCAUAUCUCUCGUCGAUUUUGGUAAUGAAAAGGGCGUCAGGAUCGUUGAGGAAGCCAUCAGAUUCGCAGACCAGCUCACCGUCGUAGACACAGAAGGCGUACAACCCUUAACCUCCGUAUUGGAAGACAGAUCGCUUCCCCUCCGUGCCGACGUCGUGACUGAAGGAAACUGCCGCCCAGAUAUACUGGGCAAUGCGAAAAAGACGGACGAGGGUUACUUCGUCGCACCGCCUGGCAAUAUACCCCUGAAGCCGAAAGUAGAAAACCCGCUGAAAGAAGCCAAUAAUUAG